AUGUCUGAUCCCACCAUGAACAGCCCGGAUAACGGCUCCCAUAAGCGCAAGAGAGACGGCUCUGAGGAUCUUGGUCCCGACCCGCAGCGUCUUAACCGCUCUUCCCACGGAAGCAACGGCAGCAUGGAUAACCAGCACAACUUCGCCCACGGAGGACUCGGAAACUACGACCACGGACUUCCCAACACUGGGGCUGAACUCAACAUCGAUCAACAAAUUCUUCAACAUGUCGGUCCGCAGAAUGGCCUGUCCGACGAUAACGCGUUGACUGCCAAUGCCAAAGCCGCCCUAGCUGCCCACACUCCUCAACACAAGUACCCCCCUCCUCCCGAUUCCGGCUUCGAUGCGAGCAAUCUCACCCAAGGUUUGUCCUUUGGCGAUGAGAUGAACCAGACUCCCAUGGGCGGUGGUCACAACCACAAUUCGACCGCCGCUGCGGUCUAUGCGGCGCGCGAGGCUCAGAGUAUGAACCAGAAGCCUACCGUUGGUUCCCCCGAAUGGCACCAAAUUCGCAAGAACAAUCACAAAGAAGUUGAACGUCGUCGCCGCGAAGCUAUUAAUGAAGGUAUCAACCAGAUUGCCCGUCUUGUACCAAACUGCGAUAAGAACAAGGGUGCGAUACUCCAACGCGCCAUUGAAUAUAUCCUGCAGCUUCAGGAAGAAAAGAAGAACAUCGACGAACAAUUCGAGAAGCACAGCCUGACUGCUAAUCAUGCUAUCGCCGAGAUCAGUGGCUCGAACUCCAAGCUCAAAGGCGAGGUCGCCCGGCGCAACAACAUUGCCCUGAAGUGGCUGUCGCGUUGUCGGGAUGCCGGCCUGGACUUUGAAGAUUACGAGGAGUCAAAAGAGCUAGAGUCACUGGAGAUGGAUUAG